AUGUCGACAAAACCGCCGUCAAAGUCCUCAAGGGAUCCCAAGGACAAGGAAAAGGCAAAGACACACAAACUUGCCCUCAAGGGGUCAGCAAAGCUCGUCGCCGAGUUCUUCCAAUAUUCGAUACACACAAUCCUCUUCCAGCGUGGUGUGUACCCCGCCGAGGAUUUCUCCGCCGUCAAGAAAUAUGGCCUCAACAUGCUGGUUUCCUCCGACGACCAGGUCAAAGCAUACAUCCGCAAGAUCAUGUCCCAAUUAGAUAAAUGGAUGGUGGGAGGGAAAAUUUCAAAGCUCGUGAUUGUCAUCACAGACAAGGACACGGGGGAACACGUUGAGCGGUGGCAAUUUGAUGUGCAAAUCUUCCAGCCGACCAAGUCAAAGUCAAAACCGACUGACGAGAACGUCUCCAGAGCGGCGGCGGCAACCGCCUCGAGCGCCGCCCAGACCGAGGAGAAGACCGAGCAAGAGAUCCAGGCGGAAAUCGCAGCCAUCUUCCGCCAGAUCACCGCGUCCGUCACCUUCCUUCCUCAGCUCUCGGGCGACUGCACGUUCAAUGUGCUCGUGUACGCCGACGCUGACUCGGACGUCCCCGUGGAAUGGGGCGACUCGGAUGCCAAGGAGAUUGAGAACGGAGAAAGGGUGCAAUUACGCGGGUUCAGCACGGCCAACCACCGCGUCGAUACACUGGUCAGCUAUCGCCUAGGCGAGUGA